AUGAGCCGGCGCUGCCGCUCGGCCGCCGCCGCGCUGCUGCGGGGGCUCGCCGGCCCCGCCGCGCUGUGCCUGGGCAGCGCUAUGAGCCUCUGCGGGGCGCCGGCCGCUUGCGCCGCGGGGCCUGCGGGCGGCGGCGGGGGGUUCUCCGCGGCGCGGCUGAGCCCGCCGUGGCUGCGGCUGCCCGAGGUGCCGGGCGCCGAGCCGCACCGCAGCAACGAGCUGCUGCUACUGCCGCCGCCGGCCCCGCGCGGCCCGGCCCCGUCGCCGCAGCACCACGUCGUGUACUUCCCGGGGGACGUGCAGAACUAUCAUGACAUCAUGUCUUGCCACCCAGAAAACUUUCAGUGGGAGCACUGGAGUUUUGAAAAUGUUGCUACCAUACUUGCACGCCGGUUCCCCAACAGCUUUAUUUGGGUCAUAAAGUGCUCUCGAAUGCACCUGCACAAAUUCAGUUGUUAUGACAAUUUUGUGAUGAGUAACAUGUUUGGAGCACCAGAGCACAGCACUGACUUUGGAGCUUUCAAGCAUCUCCAUGCUUUGCUAGUUAACGCAUUCAGAUUCUCUCAGAAUAUUCUGCUGUCCCAGAAAAGUGUGCAUGGUGUCAGCAAGGAUGCAAAAAUAGCUGCUUGUAAAUCACAGCCGCAGUCUGUUCCUGCAACAAAUGGCUGCUCAUCCAAAGAAAGGGAGAGAGAUUGUGAAUGCUCUGAUAAUUCUGCUGUGAACUUCAUGGUACCGUUGGCUGUAGGUGCAGCGUCAUUUACUUUGAUUGGCUUCAGUAAAGGCUGUGUGGUUUUGAACCAGCUGCUUUACGAGCUGAAGGAAGCCAAGAAAGACAAGAAUACAGAUACCUUCUUAAAAAACAUAAAAGCAAUUUACUGGCUGGAUGGUGGUCACUCAGGAGGAAGCAAUACUUGGGUUACUUACCCUGAAGUGCUGAAAGAACUUGCAGAGACAGGAAUUGAAGUUCAUGCUCAUGUUACACCAUACCAGGUGUUUGACACAAUGAGGUCAUGGAUUGGGAGAGAGCAUGAGAAAUUUGUACAGAUACUUGAAGGAUUUGGUGUGGAAAUAAAUGAUCAACUGCAUUUUGCUGAUGAAGUUCCCUCCUUAGACAACCAUUUCAGAGUUCAUGAAGUAUUUUGAGACUGUAUGUAUAUGAACAUAUAUAUUCUUUGUAGAAAGUAUGUUUGAGUAUAUUUGAGUAUAUUCUUUGUAGAAACUUUUAACACUGUGUUGUCAACUUGAUUUUCAGCUUUGAGUAGAUGCUUUCUAAACAGAAUACUAAGUCAGUUCUGUCUUGCUCAUAGAUACAAUAUAUAAAUUUCUGUCACUUAAAAAAGGCAUAUUGGGACCCCAUAACUAUAACAGACGUUGUUUUUUGAUUCCUGGAAAAAAAGUGUUAUGAAGAACAAUCCUAUACACUUUUUUUUUUUUUUUUUUUUUUUUUUUUUUUUUUUUGUUAAAUGUGAAUGUUUAUUCUUAAACUGUUGGCAGAAUUUUUAGUCCUGGAUGUCUAGUAUCACAGACUGCACUUAAUGGGACUUUAAAGUACUUGAUAAUUUUACAUAUGUGGAUACUUCAACUGAGUGGCUUCCAGGGCUAGAAAUAUUGCUCUUUGCCAAUAACAGAUUGAAGGUUAGUUUUUUGGCUUAAGGAAAUUGAUUGUAAGAAGAAUCAUAGUUACAUAUUUUGCUGAGACCUGUUUUAUAUGGUAAUUAAAUAUUCCAGUUUUGUAACAUUUUUCCUGUUUGAAACAAAGUCACAAAUACCUUUGGAAUAAUAGUGCCAAUGCAUUUCUCUUCCUUACGUGUUCCUUGCCAUUUCUGUCACUCUAAAGUUUGAUUAAUUAAUUGUGUAGUAUCUGCUAGUGAACAGCCAUUUCACCUGGGGGCUUGAAAAUUUGAUGUAGCUAUGUUAAGCAACCAAGAAUGUUGAUUAGGGUGUAGCUUGUUCCUUUUUCAACAUACCUUGCUGUUGCUUUGCUAACUUUUGUAAGGACCAACCUUUAUUAUCACAUCCAGCGGUGACGUCCCUACCUUGGGGUUUUUCUUGGUAAUUGCUGCAUUGAUGUUGCUCUAAACUGAGCCAUAAGCACAAAAUCUAUUACAAGUUGCAUAAAAAAAGAUUCAGACUGUGUUGACUGUAGCUUUUUCAAAAUGCCUCAGUUUUAAGAUCUAUUAUCUCCUUUAAAUGUAUUGCAGUAGUUGCUUCUAGAGCCAUCCAAAAAUCUUAUUUUUGGAGCCUAAUUUUUCCUACAGAAAAAAAACAAUCUCUAAUUAAAUAGAAAGACAGCCAGAUUUGAUACAAAAGAUGUUAUCUGGUUCAGACACCAAACCUGAGUGUUCUUAAGAAAGAAAUACUGAAAGAUAGACAAUGAUGGUAUUAAUGGAACUUUUCUACUGUUGCAAGUAACUUCCCACUUAUCUACAAAGCUUAGAAUCAUUCUUAAAGGCAACUGCGGCUUUUAACAAUGAACCAGUAACUCCAAAUGGUUUUGGAUUUCCUGAAGUACAGGAAUACAAAAGCAAGUAAAGGAAUACAGAACACCAUGAAGAUUACACAAACAAUUGUGGCUAAGUUUUGAAAAAAGGCGUUUUAUUCAACUUUGGUUCUAUGUUUGAUGGCUUAGUGACAUCUCUGCCCUGCUGCUUGUUUCCUGUGACCCUUACACUGUGGAAGGGAAGUCCUGGGUGAUCUUCCUUUUGUUGUCAUCAUUAAAAUUUAAAAGGUUCCUUGUAGGCAACUUUUGGCAGAAAUUGUGCACAUCAGUGAUCACUGAACAAUGAGAAAAGUGUGUUGUACUCCUAAGAAAAUUCUCUUAACACUCAAAAUAUUAAGGGUGAUAGAAAGAAUUAUGCAUACAGUGUGCACCUUACAAUUUGAAAGAGAACUCUAUCACUAAUAAUUAGAUUAAUACACCUAAUUCAUCGAUAUGUUCAUCAAAAUAAAUCUAUUUUAAUUGAAGAAGAAAAGUGCAACAUGCAAACAAACUCAAAAAAACCUGUAAUUUCGUUCCAUCUCCUUUUUUCUUUUAGUUUCUUGGAGUUUUCGUUCACUUCUAUUUCUUGAUUACCAUCUUAAUAGGCUUAUAACAACUUUUUAAUGUGUUUCAUGGAACAUUUUUUCCCCUUUUUGGUCCUUUUGUUAACGUUUGCAGCAUAUGUGAGGACUUUUUUCUGUAAAAGUAUGAGUCACCUAAAGAAGUGGUUUUAAUAGAAAGCCUGCAAAUGGCUUGAAAUGUAUUUAACCAUCCACUUACAAAAUAAAAUUUCAAAAAGUAAUCCAACAAAAGCCCCAGAACAUUCUAUUGCUUUUGCUCCCACAGUUUCAGACUGACUUGGCUAAGCUGGGUGUGCUAACACUUGCCCAACCCAAUAACUCUGCAGAUCAGAGACCAAUUUCUAAACAAAUCUGUGCCUGCCAAAACAACAGGACUACGUUGUUGCAAGCUUUUGGAAAUAGCUGUUAAAAUAUUGACAUUGUCUUCAAAAGUUUCUGGAUGGCUGUCCUAUGAAAAUAAUACUAACCUGUUUGAUGAAAGCUGCCUACAAUAGCUUUAAAUAGGCUCAAGUGUUGCUGCAUUACUUUGAAGAAUAGGCACUUUGUUGUAAAACUAAUCUUGUUAUGAGACCUCGUGUUGUGGGGGGAAAACUGACUGAUUGUUUUUCAUUCUUUAAACAGCUGUAGUACUCUGUUGGAAUGUGCCUCUGUCAUUCACUACAAUGCAUGCUAAAAAUAAAUUUUGCAAACUAUGUAGAAAAUAAACUAUUUCUAAUGGGUGAAACCACUUUGAUGUGAGUAUAAAACCAUUAAACAAGGAAUGUGCACUUUUGUGGA